AUGUUUUAAUUUUCAGACAAAUAAAUUUCAGAGAAUAAAAGAAGAAAAUCAGAAUUAGUAUCAUUAAUAAAUGAAUUAACUAUGGAUUAAAAGAUAUCUUUAUGUAUUGAAAUUUUGGAAAAGAAUCCAGAACAUCGUAAAUCAGAGGAUAUCCAAGUACAAUAUAAUAUUAUAACUAGGUUAUUUAAGCAUUUACAAGCUAAAAUAAAUUUUUAAAAUAGAUUUAAGAAGAAGAAGGCGAAAUAACAUUAAGAGAAUGUUAUAAAAGAAUGUUCAUUGAAAUUUAUGAAGAAGUAUAAAUUAUAAAAAUAUAAAGAAUUAAGUAGUAUUAGAAUAAGGUGAUAAGGCUUAUUCAUUUUUUAUCAUAUUGAGUGGUAAUGUUUCUGUUUAUGUGUACAAAGAUCCUAAACUUGAUAUUAAAAUAGAAGGUUUGGAUAGAGCAACUAUAAUAAAAAAAAGGUAUAUAGAUUAAAAAUAUUAGAGAGAUCAUUUAAUACAAAUAAACUCAUUUAAGGUGA